CCCCAGUGCAUAAUUAUGUCUCAGUCAAUAUGCAGUUGGUCACUGGUUAUAUUUCUCUUUCAGAGUGCUGCUCAUUUGAUGAAUUCAUCAUUCAUUAAUCACAUCAGAGAGAUGAUAUCUUCAAACUCCACCCAUGACGACUCCUACUACUUCAACGUCAAACCGUCCUCUGAUCAAACUGGGACAACACAUGUUUCUGUGAUGGAUGAGGAUGGACUGGCUGUUUCUGCCACCAGCACCAUUAAUCAAAUAUUUGGAGGAGCCAUUUAUUCUUCACGAACAGGAAUAAUUCUCAACAAUGAACUGUCUGACUUUUGUGGGAGAGCAGACGCAGUGAAGGCAGGUGAACAGCCUCCGUCUUCAAUGACUCCAGUAAUCCUGGAGUCAAAAUCUGGACGAAUCCUUGUGAUUGGAGGAUCAGGAGGAAGUCUGAUUACCACAGCAGUGGCCUUGUCUAUAAUGAAUCACCUCUGGCUGGGGAUGAAUUUGACAGAGGCCAUUUCUGCACCUAUUGUGUUUGUUGAUUCCAAGAACAAUGUGCAUUUUGAGCCACUCUUUGACAAGACUGUCAUAGAUGGCCUUAAAGCUGUUGGACACAAAAUUACACACUGGAAGUACUUCUUCAAUGUAGUCAACGCUGUGGAAAAAGAGGGUGGCUGCAUUUCAGCAUUUUCAGAUAUUCGGAAGAUGGGACAGUCAGCUGGAUACUGACGAAUGCCUUCAGCUUUAGUCUUUGAGACAAUAGAAUAUGCCACCGACCAAAGAAAUGCCAGUAAUUCAGGGCUCAGACAGCACUCUGGCAGACAAAACUCAGUUUAACGUCAUUACAAACAAGAAACAAGAGCUAACACAGUCACCAAAGGUAGAAUUAAUCAUGUUUUUUGUAAGUCAGGCCAUACAAAGUUUUGAAUAUCAUCUUACUGUCUUUGUUGAUAUCAUCAUGUAAACUGAGCUCUUGAAAAUACAGUCAGGUUCAUAAAUGUUUGGAUAAGGACACAAAUUAUUCUAAUUUUGCUUCUGUAUAACAUCAGAGUGAAUUUGAAAUGAAGCAAUCAACAUGUUAUGGUGAACUUUCAGCUUUAAUGCAAGAUUUU